AUGGUAACAGUUCAUGUUCAGACACUCUACGAUGCCGGAAUUAGGCGUGACGAUCCACGAUUGGAAGAAUUUUUGCGUGCCAUACGACAUGAGGAACGGAAACAGUCCGUAACCGACCCAACUUCUAAUGAGCCGAUUAGCGAGAAACUGGAUCGGGAAAUGUUUAAGAGAUGCGUUGGCGAUGCAAUCGGGAUCAUUGCAAGAGCACUGAAGGGUCAGCUGGUCAUUCCCGAUUGGCAUGCAUUUUCAGGAAUGAUUGGUGAUAUUUUCGACUCGUGCCAGGAGCAUUUCUCAAAGCGCUUUUUUUUAAAGAGCCCAGAUACAACACUGAUUCCCUUCUCCACGUGA